AUGCCCCCAUCGCCCUCGCCCUUCACAAUAACAGAACAACCGUCGACUGCCAAUAUAUCCGCGAGUACCCACGCGCAACAAGCCAAAUACACGCCGAUCGACAAUCCGGAGCCCCAGCCGGGCGACGUGACAGUCGUCGGGGCGCCGGGGACUGCGAUUCCCAAGGAGCUCUACGAGCCGCUCUGGGAAGAACUCCACGCACGAAGUGCGCCAGAUGGAUUCCGCAUCCGGGCGAUCUGGGUCGCGGAUUCGUUUAAUCAGGGAGGGAGUGGUGUGCUUAAUGAGGGGUAUCUUGGGAGUGACCCAUCAUGGUUCGACCACAGCCGCGAUCUGCUGCAACUGAUCCAGACCUUUCGGCACGAGAUGCCCCGGCCAAUUAUGGGUGUCGGCCAUAGUGCGGGUGCUGUUGCACAGGUCUUCCUAUCCCUCAUCCACCCCCGCCUCCUCACCUCGCUCAUCCUCAUCGAACCCUUCCUAUACCCCAGCAGUCGACCCCCAGAAGAAAGCCGGUGGAUCAUGACGCGCGCAAAGCAGAAGGACAUCUUUGCCUCGCGGGAAGAGGCAGCGAGGAAAUCGAAGAAGCUUAUGGGUACCUGGGACCCACGCGUAAGGGAGCGCUAUAUGCAGCAUGCAUUCAGGGACCUCCCCACGCCAUUGUAUCCGGACAAUCAGAAUCAGCACCAAAGCUCAGAAGGUAAGGAGGAGAAGGCGAAACCGAUAGCCCUCACAACCCCAAUCUCGCAAGAAGUCCUGUCGUACGCGCGCCCGAAUCUCCAUCGGCAUAAAGAGCUGGGCGUACCAUACACCCAAAACGAUAACUCGCGCUACGGGCCCAGCCCACCGCAUGACGCUCUCGCCGUACCGGAUAUGAUCAGCGGGCUGUGGAAGAACUCGGUCUUCUAUCGACCGGAGGGGAUCAUUGGGUACCGGCUCCUGCCGCACGUGAGGCCGGGUGUGUUGUACGUUAGUGGGGAGGGAAGUGCGCUGUCGAAAGCUGGGCUUCAGAAGAAGGCUGCUACCCGGACGGGGACGGGGGUUGGGGGGAGUGGAGGGGUUGAGUAUGGGCGCGUCAAGCAUGUUGUUGUUACAGGGGCGGGGCAUUUUGUUCCGAUGGAGAAGGUGAGGGAGACGGCGGAGGCUGUUGGGGGGUGGAUUGGGGUGGAGGUGCAGAGGUGGAAAGGGGAAGAGAGGCGGAUUGAGGAGGGGUGGAAGGGGUUGUCGGCGAGGGAGAGGGUUGGGCUUUCUGAGGAGUGGAGGGCGAUGAUGGAUGUUGCGGAGAAGACUUUUGCCAGGAGGGAGAAGCCGAAGUCUAAGCUGUGA